AUGGCUUAUCCUCCGAGACUAGACAACAACAGCCCAGAAGUAUAUCGUGAAGUGAUUAGACCUGGAGAAGACCCGUCGUUGAUAAUUCAUUUCGACUUGCACCCCCUUAAUGUAUUUAUGGACGACCCCUUUCUCACAGAUGACGACGGACAAGAGCACGGUCCGGCCCCAAGAUGGAAGCUGGGCGACUUUGGGCUGAUGCAAGAGUGGGACAAUGGAUGGCAAGACGCAGAGAAGUUUGCCGUAGCCAAUGUUGGAAAACCCGGAUAUCAAGCCCCAGAGCAACGGGACAGAAGAAGGCCGUUAGAAGAGGGCGCCUUCGGACCACACACUAAUAUAUGGGGUAUCGGUCUAUUAAUGUUCAAUGCAUUGACCCUGUACCACACCGACGAUGAGGACUGGCAACCACGAAUAUGUCAUAUAGCAAUGCCAGAUGGCACAUAUAAAGACCUUAACACAUGGGCCCCGUUCCUGGUUGGCGAUGAGGUGUACGGGGAAUUCACAUACUAUAGCGCCGAUCUGCGCACGCUGAUAGCCCGGUGUAUGGCGGACGAUCGUGAAGACCGGCCAACGCUAAACGAGCUUCUAACCACUGUCCAGGCGAGUAUUGCGCGGGAUGAUGCGAUAGCAUUUGAGACGGAAAGAAUAUUUCAAAUAGAAAGAGCAGCGGAUCCCACUAGGCAGAGGCCGCCCGUGGAUGUUACAAGACCUCCUAAAGUGGAAGACAACGCGUUAUUAAGAAGGUUCUUCCAGGAAUAUAUCCGAGAACCGCCCGCGAGGGACGACCCAUACGGUGGACUUUGGGAUCAGUAG